AUUGGACUGGUUUAGAUGAAGAUGAAGAUGCGCAUGUCUGGGAAGACAAUUGGGAUGAUGACAAUGUCGAAGAUGAUUUCUCCAAUCAGUUAAGAGCUGAAUUAGAAAAACAUGGAUACAAGAUGGAAACCUCAUAG